CAGAGAACGGGCAGAACAGAUCAGCUCUGUGUUUACGUUGAGAUGCUCACAACAAAGGACAGCGCACCGCGGACAGCCUGUCAUUUAAAAUACAACACCGUGAAUAUGUUGUCUUACGGUGAGCGUUUGUAACUCACAACUCCAGGAAGAGGAGAACAAAUAACCACAUUUAUUUAUUUUUUUUUACGUGGUACGGUUUUAAUUCUUUUAUUUUUUAUUUUUUGGUAAACCAGCCCAGAGGGGGGAAAUUAAGACGAAAGAAAUCCCUUUUUAUGCCGGUGGAGCGUUAAGCUAGCUUGCUAGUCUCAGCAAGUUGUUAAAGCCAGGCAAGCAGCUGGUGGAGAAGCUAGCAGCACAGUCAGCCACACCGAAGACAAUACAGCGACUUCAUCAUUUAUACCACAGGCAGGACAAGUGGUGCUGUCAGAGACGGACACAUGAAGCAUGAGAGGGUGGAGCUGAGGCUCAGCUGACCCUUCCCCUUCCUUCUCCUCCUUUCCCCCAUCCUUCAUUUGAUUGGCACCUUCCCCCUCUCUUCCCCUCCUUUCCCCUUCCUGUCUCCCUCGCCCGGUUGGAUCUCACCCAUCUUGCUUCCCCUUCUCCUCCAAACCUCAAUCAGCCGUGCCCAAUGUACUCCCCGGAGCAGGAAAACAUCUCCACCACCGCCUCCACCAAAGUGCCAGUGAAGUAUGGAGAGCUCAUUGUGCUGGGGUACAAUGGCUCUCUGCCCAACGGAGACCGAGGCCGACGUAAAAGCCGCUUUGCACUCUGUAAGAGACCGAAGGCAAAUGGGGUGAAACCCAGCACAGUUCACGUCGCCUGCUCUCCACAGGCAGCCAAGGCCAUAAGCAACAAAGACCAGCACAGCAUCUCUUACACUCUGUCUCGAGCCCAGACGGUGGUGGUGGAGUACACCCAUGACAGCAAUACAGACAUGUUCCAGAUCGGUCGAUCGACAGAGAGUCCCAUAGACUUUGUAGUGACGGACACGGUGGCAGGCAGUCAGAGUAACGCAGACACCCAGUCGGUCCAGAGCACCAUCUCCCGCUUCGCCUGCCGCAUCAAGUGCCAGCGCACGCCUCCUUACACCGCACGCAUCUAUGCCGCAGGCUUUGACUCCUCCAAGAACAUCUUCCUCGGGGAGAAGGCUGCUAAGUGGAAGACGUCUGAUGGUCAAAUGGAUGGGCUGACCACCAACGGCGUCCUUGUGAUGCACCCUCGAAAUGGCUUCACCCAGGACUCCAAACCAGGCGUCUGGAGGGAGAUUUCAGUCUGCGGCAACGUCUUCACCCUGCGGGAAACCCGCUCAGCACAGCAGCGAGGAAAGAUGGUGGAAACUGAGAGUCAGGAGCUGGUCGACGGCUCUCUCAUUGACCUUUGCGGUGCGACCUUGCUGUGGCGCACUGCUGAAGGCCUGGCGCGCACUCCCACCCUCAAACACCUGGAGGCGCUGCGUCAGGAGAUCAACGCAGCCCGCCCGCAGUGUCCCGUGGGCUUCAACACGCUGGCCUUCCCCUCCAUGCGUCGCAAGGACACGCCGGACGAGAAGCAGCCCUGGGUCUACCUCCAGUGCGGCCACGUGCACGGCUACCACAACUGGGGCAACCACCGCGAGGAGAGGGAGGGCCGGGAGGGCCGUCACAGGGAGUGUCCCAUGUGCCGAGCUAAAGGGCCAUACGUGCCGCUGUGGUUGGGCUGCGAGGCUGGCUUUUACGUAGACGCCGCCCCGCCGACUCACGCCUUUAAUCCCUGCGGCCACGUUUGUUCAGAGAAGACGGCGGCCUUCUGGAGUCAGAUUCCUCUGCCACACGGCACACACACCUUCCACGCCGCCUGCCCCUUCUGUGCGCAACAGCUGACUGGUGAGCAGGGCUACGUCAGACUCAUCUUCCAGGGACCCCUUGACUAGCAGGGGCAACUUCCCAGCAUCCUUUGGGUGAGGCAGAACGGGGAAUUUUUUGUUUGGACACUGACCCUGCAUUGAAAACGGGGAGCAACCCAGAUUUGUUUUCUUUCCUCUGCGGUUAAGAUAUAAACUUUUUUCUGGACUUUUUGUCUCUUUCUCAUAUUUAAGUGACCUUUGUAUUGCUUUUUCAUGAAUGACAACAAAGAUUUCUAUAUUUUCAUGUGAAACCAGAGACACAAAAACCAAACAAAGAACACUGCUGGGUAAACGUUUUGUUUGUUUCUCGGAAAGAACUUUCAACAACAGUAUUUUUCAAAAUUAUGAACAUACUGUGGCGCAAACAUACGGUUUUUAUUCAUGUUUAUUGUUGCAAUAUACAUCUGUGUACAUCUCUUAGAGCUAAUUUAAACUAAGAUGUUUAUUUAUGGCCCAGGAACCAUCGCUUCAUCCUUUAUCUGUCAGAUAUGUCUAACUUCAAUACUAUUUAGCAUUUUAAUUUGAAAAUACAGUAUAUUGUUAAUCAGAUAUAAAGUUCUAGGUGUGUUCUGAGGGUUACGUUCUGUGUCUUUCCCCCAUGUUCACCUCUCAGAUCUGUUUGUCGUAUUUAUACACCCCGUCCUCUGGCGUGCUCUCACUUUGCGUGUUAACCCUUCAGUUAUACUCUCAUUAGGCAUCACCAUGGCCUUUUCACAUUCAAAGCAAUAGAUUUGGAACAGAAACCUCCUAAAGCAUUAUGGGAAACUGAGUCUUCUUGGUGUCUGCGUAACGCUCAGACAGCUAGAGUGACUGCUCCCUCCCUUUAAAGUCCGAGUGAAACGUUUCUGGUGGUGAGUGAAUCUUUUCUGAUCACAGGUUAGCCAUGACAUUGUAGCUAUGUAGCUAAUGUCACACAUCAUGCAUACACACACACACAUACACUCUAACUAGACCUGGUCAAAUACUUUUUAUUAUAUUAAAAGUGGAGCACACUGAAACUCAUGGUACAAAAAUAAGAAUACACAUGUUAUUGAAAUGACAGAAAGUGCUGUUUGGGGCUGACCUGCACAGCUACAGCAUAAUCAAUAAUCAUUAUUUUGCCAGAUACAGUAUUGUGAUCAGUAUUAAUCUCAACAUUGAGCUGAGAAAUAAAUAAUAGUUUUAAUAAAACAUCCUGACAACAGACAUUUAAAUGAAUUGGGAACCUUAACCCCAGCGAGUAUUGUAAGACGCUGUCAUCCAUGAGUAAAGGUGCAUCCUAUUAGAGGCCCAUAAAUAAAAUUACGUGUUUUAUUUUGACACACUUCAGGAAGGACUUUAACUACUAGUUGUGAUUUGUUUGAGCCAUAGUGAGUGAGAAGGGGGGCUUUGGGCAGGCUGAAGUCAUUUUCAUCCUCUUUCUCUCACCUGAAUUUUAACAGUGCAGGAAGUCACAUCCAUCUGAUGCAUGAAGCAAGCAACAAAACACGUUUAAGAAAAAGACAACUGUAGCUGUUUGACUCAGGUUUGAUGCACACAAACACACGCAUGGCUUCAAGUUACACAAUUAUUUAUUUAUGGAUAUGUGUGUGUGUGUGUGUGUGUGUGUGUGUGUGUGUGUGUGUGUGUGUGUGUGUGUGUGUGUGUGUGUGUGUGUGUGUACUCACCAGGGCUUGAUAUUAAUUGUGCUUUCCAAACAGUGUACUGAAGUGGUCCCCAUGGAGCAUUUUAGGGGUGAUGAGCUCUACAAUGUGAGUACAAAAUAUCAGGGCUGCUUGUUCUUUAUUUUGUUUGUUGUAGACUAGGGCUUUGUGAUUGCUUUUAUAUCAAAGUCACAACUCUAAACAGUGUAAUUAGAGUUGUGUUUUAAAACUAUAUAGACCACAAAUAAAGGUCUACAGUUUAAUUAUACAUUAAUUCUGUCAGGUGGCCAAAAAAAGAAACUCUUAGCUGUCUUCUGGUUAAUAUGGUAUCUGCAUGUUGUUUGUUAUUUAGGCCCCAAAAAAGGCAGUGAGAGAAAAGUCAACUUCUACUCAAACUUAAACUUUAGCCUAAAUAUACCUACAUGAUCAUUUUACAUAAACACCGCAAUUUAAAAGAGAGCAGUAUUUUAAUCCCAGUACCUAUGAUUUUAUUUUAAUCUUUUUUAUAUAUUUAAUAUAUUUUUUUAUAAUUUAUUUAUGCCUUUAUUAGAUAAUCAUGGGAAAGGUGACAAGAAAUGAAGGCAGAGGGAGAUGGGGUACGACAUACAACAAAGGUUGGAUGCAAACCAGAGACAUUCAUGGUCGAGGCCUCAACCCACCACAACUCUUAGGACAUCUUAAAUACAAAAUAUUAGACAUGUUAAAAGCAUUCUAAACUAAGACACAAAAAAAUCAGUAAAUAACAAUUAUGCUUUUGAAAAAUGAACCAGAAAUCCUUAAAGUAUCCAAGCAUUUACAGCCCAUGACAAACUGGGCAACGUUUGCUGAGGAAGAUCAUGGGAUAAGAUCAAAAGCUACAGAGUACAGCUACUAAAUGGACCUUGUGGUUAGAUUGUUAUGUCUGUUAGAGUUUUUAAGAUCAAUGACUGCAGGUAGCAUUUAAAAAGCAAAGAAAUAACCAAAACUAUAAAGUAGCCCCCUCGCACUACCUCUGCAGUAACACACAGCCCGAGAACGAAUCCUGAUAUUUUGUACGUUACAUGAAAGCACAAAUUCUCCCAGACUCCCGCUGCGUACUCACAACACACCCUGCAGCGUCACCGUGGCUCGUCCACUUUACUCGUGCAGCCACAGACGGCGCAAGAACGAGACACACACUCGAACUGUAGAAACUUCACAGCAGUGAAGCAGCUUUACUAAUCAGUCACUUCCAAACUUUAGUAAACACAAGAGCCUCUGCAGGUAUCAGUAGUGUGUUUGUGUGUGUGUGUGUGUGUGUGUGUGUCUGUGUGUGUAAGAGAGAGAGAGAGAGAGAUUGUAAUUUAUGUGUUCAUGAUGAUUGUAUGUGUGCUGUGUUCAGUGUGUGUGCUCAUCUGUCCACACAGUAUUUCUCCAUACACAGAUCAUUUUCAUCACCCCAGUGCUCGGACUGCAACACACUGACUCACCUCAGGGAGAAAAAAAAUGACCCACACACACACACACACACACAUACACACAUACACACAUACACACACACACUGCUAAGGUCUUCUGAGGAUACCUCAUAAGUAAAAAAAAGUCUAUUCUGGAUUUAAAGUUUUGUGUCUUGCCUCUCCUUCACCCAGUUUUGUUUCAUGGACUCUGAGGCGCUGUGUCUGUCUCUGUGGAUAAAGUGUGUGAGUAAGGGCUUCACUCUGUCUCUGUACUGUUAUCUCAACCCUGUUUCUACAUGUACACACAUCCGUCAGUCCGUCCUGCCUCCGUCCACUUGCUCGUCCUCUUCUCCUGUCCGGAGUUUCCUUGUGCUUGUAAAGGCGAAAGCAAAGAAUGUUUCCAGCAAACACUUUUUUUGUAACAACUUUAAACAAUAAAGUGUAAAAGUGA